CCCCUGCCCCCCGCGCCGCGCCCCUCCUGCAAGUCCGUCACCUUCUGCUCGCACUGUAAGUACGAGGCACCCUACAGGCUCUCGCCCCAGGACCUGCGCUACUACUCCGACCCGGGCCGAGACAUCCCCAAACAGAAGAAAAAACCCAAGGAACUCAAAAGAGACUCCACCGAUAGCGACCUCAAGUACUACUCCGAACCAGAUGCUAAAAACUACUUCGAAAUUGAUUAUGAAUUCCUGAAAGAGCUGCGAAGAAUCGCCAGACAUAACUGCCCUAAAUGCAGACGCAAGAGAUCGAGGAAUUAUAAAGACGCUAGAAAAGAGAAAACCAAAAAGCCAAGCAGACCUAAGGCGACCUAUGUCUAUUGCAAUGGAAGAUACCAUAGCGAUCAAGAGCAUUGCCAGUUAUGCUGUCGCGUUUGCAACAAAUCUACAGACACCCUUGACUCUAUAGAUGAUGAUCAGUACUCCCUCGUGUCUAAAAGCUACAGCUUAUCUAGCAGAGCCACCACUAGCUCCAGAUCUCGAUCGACACCUAAGAAAACUAGAGAGCGGAAGAAUUCCACGCAAUCUAUAAAAUCUGUUUCGUUCUUGGAAUCGAGCAAUGAGGAGUCGAGAAAAGAUGAACCUAACUAUACGGCUAAGAGUUUUACUAAUGAUCUAAAACAGUUUCUGCUUAAACCGACACCACCACGCUUGAGUUUAAGAGACAAAUUCAUAAUCAGCUUCAAACAAGAAUUCGAAGCUACGAAAAAAUCACCCAAACUCAAAGCGAUUAAAGGUCUCUGGAAGUCCUAUUAAAACCCUUCUUAUUUUGGUGCAUUUAAAGAAUUUAUUUGGUGCUUAUUUUGACGGACGUCCCGUUAUUUAUUUUGGAAACAACGUAAGUGUUCAGAAUGGUCUAAAAUCGUAGAAAACCAAGUAUUUGGUGCUAAGUACUCUUUUAUAGGCUCUGACAAGCUUUAUACUCUACAAACUUCAAAAUGAUUAAAACUACAGACAAUUUUGAAUAACACACAAGUGUUUUUCUCGUAAAACUAUUUGCUAUAAUCUUUGAAAUGCCUAAAUUUAGAUGUUUAGGCUUUUUUUCUUAUUCUGCUCGUAGCAAUUUAAUCUCAUAACUAAAAAAACAUAAAAUAUACGAAACUUAUUUAUUCGAAUGUAAUAAUUAUGAACUUAACGAAAAUACGAAUUUGUAACAUAGGUUCGCACAAGGCCACUUAAAUGAGUAGCGUAAAAAUCAUUGUUAAGAGAAUAUUUCAGAAAGUAAUCUUGAAUAUAAAACUUAAAAUAGUACAUUACGAUACAAGUGCGAAAAAUAGGAAAUUCGAAACGAGUGGCGAUAAAUUAAAACACGACCGAAGGGAGUGUUUUAAAUCGACACGAGUUGCGAAUUACCUAUUCGCACAUGUAUCGUACAACGUUUUACAGUACAUAUGGCCCUUUAAAUGUUCGACACAGUAACGUAAUAUGCUACUUCUCGCACUAGUGCUAUAAAGUAGCCCCAUAUGUAC